CCACCUUAAAUAAAAAAAUCACAGUAAAAGCAUGGUUUCCUUCCGCUUCCCGUUCUUGUUUUCUCAGCCACCAAGACCGCCCCUUUCCGCCACCGCCGAUGUCUCCUCGCGAUCCUUCUCCGCCACCACCACCGCCGCAUUAUCAGUAGCCGCCGCAUUAUCAGUCGCCGGAGCCGGCGUUGCUCUCUCCCAGAACUCCGACAACCCAUUUCUUCAAUGGGCAUUGAAUUUAUUAGCGUCCAACAGAAAUGGCUUCAAUCCGAUGUGGGGUUCACUUUCUCUCACCGCAAAUUCGUCGCCGGUCACCGAAUCGAGGACUGGAACGUCAUUUCCAGCUGUCCUGAAAGAUUCUCAGCGCCUUCUCGGAAUUGGAUUGCGCAGAAAAGCUGUUCUAGGGUUGAAAAACAUCGAUGUUUACGCUUACGGUGUAUACGCUGAUGAUUCCGAUGUGAAAAAGUUUCUAAGUGAGAAAAAGGGAGAUCUUUCCGAUGAUCUAAUGGAGAGUGAUGUCAGCAUGACUAUUAGGCUGCAAAUAGUUUAUGGAAGGUUGAGCAUUCGUUCCGUGAGGAGCGCUUUUCAAGAAUCGGUCGGUAGCCGAUUGAACAAGUUUGGCGGAGGAUCGGAUAACAAAGAAUUGCUACAAAGGUUUACCUCUCAAUUUAAAGAUGAAUAUAAAAUACCAAAGGGAUCCAUCAUCGAUCUGUGUAGAGAGCGAGGCUAUGUUCUUCGCACAAUGAUUGAUGGAGAAGAAGUGGGAAGUAUACAGAGCAAGGUCUUGUGUCGGUCAAUACUCGAUCUAUACAUAGGUAACGAGUCUUUUGAUUCUAAAGCCAAAGAAGAUGUCGAGCUCAACUUGGCUUCCCUAUUAGGGAAAUAACUUCGUUGGAUGUCAAACUCUGCUUGAAUCCAAAAUUCAGAAAUUUCGUAAUAUUUCGACCCUUGAUUUUCGCGUUUUUCGGUUGUUUGUAUUUUGUUGGGAAAAAAACAUUAAUGUGAAGAACACUGAAGAUUUGGUUUCUAGGUAAAGUAUUGCUACCAAAUUAGAUGAGAUCACAUAAAAUUAAUUUUGUGUA